GACAGCUGCAGACAUGGCGACAGUGGUCCAGCCGCUCACAUUGGAUAGAGAGACUCCAUGGGAUGCCUUUGAAAGGAAUUGUAAAAAAAAAAAAAAAAAGAAAAAAAAGCAUGAAGCGAUGACUUGUGUGAAAUGACAGCUUUAUCUGCCUAACGACAAGAGGAAUACUGUAGCUGUCUUGUCCAAGAAUUUGUGUGUCUUGCAGUUUGAUUGCUGUAGAGCCGUCAAGCCCCCAAGCUGUAAAGGUUCAUUAAUCCAACUGUGCUUUCUGUCAUUCUCACAAAGUAAAAUACAUGGAUAUUUCAGAGAUUCAAAGAGCUUUAGAACAAAUAGGAGGCAUUUUGAUUUUGAAGAGGACUUUUGAUCACAGAUGUGGCUCGAGCUAUUGAAUUGCUGGAGAAGCUGCAGGAGACUGGGGAAGUGCCAGUCCAUAAAUUACAGUCUCUAAAGAAAGUGCUACAGAGUGAGUUCUGUACUGCCAUCAGAGAGGUCUACCAGUACAUGCAUGAAACCAUAACUGUUCAAGGUUGUGCUGAAUACCAGGCUCGGGCCACUGCAAAGGCGACGGUAGCAGCGUUUGCAGCCAGUGAAGGGCAUUCACACCCUCGAGUGGUGGAGCUGCCCAAGACAGAGGAAGGCCUGGGCUUCAAUGUGAUGGGAGGGAAGGAGCAGAACUCUCCCAUCUACAUCUCACGCAUCAUACCCGGGGGAGUGGCAGAGAGACACGGGGGCCUCAAGCGAGGGGAUCAGCUGCUGUCCGUGAAUGGAGUGAGUGUGGAAGGGGAGCACCAUGAAAUGGCAGUGGAGCUGCUUAAGGCUGCGAAGGAGAGCGUCAAGCUGGUGGUGCGCUACACUCCCAAGGUGCUGGAGGAGAUGGAGGCCCGCUUUGAGAAGCUGAGGACGGCCCGACGCAGACAGCAGCAGCAGCUCUUAAUACAGCAGCAGCAACAGCAGCAGCAGACACCGUCGGCCCAGCAGAACCACAUGUCGUAGGUGAGGCUUUUCAUUGCUUUCAUCCCCUAAGGAAGAGGAGGAAAAAUCUGUUUACCUUUGGCAGCACAUAAUACCAGCUGGUACUGUACCGUAACCGUAGCAACCAGCAAUGAUGACUUGUGAUGAGCUGCAGAUCUAGCAGCUCCAUAAGCAGACCAUAAAUAUAGUUUCUGAUGACAAAAGGCUCUUUAUUUAUUUAUUUCACAAGGAAAAACAAAAGGGUAUUACUCAGGGAGACAAAAAUAAAACAUACACUUACAAGUGCAUCACAAUUUUAAAUAAAUACUCCAAUCAUUGACAUCACUAGCGUGGGGUGAAAAUGAAAGAAAACCCUCUUGGUAGAAAUAACUUUGGUUUCCUCACACAAACUGUAAAUUGGAAAAGGCUGUAUUAAAUACUCCUGUUUGGUACAAAAGUGGAAAUUAGGAGAAUACAUUUCAACUUUCAGAACAGGAUAGCUUUCAGAGCCCUGCGUAACAUACUUGAUGAUCUGUGGAUCAUCUUUAAUUGAGCAAUGGCAGUGCCCUCUGCUUUGAUCCAGUGACCCUGUCUGAUUUGGAUUCUUCAUAUCUAUGUUUGUUUUACUGUUUCAAGCCUAAGCAACAGCUGCUUUGUUUUUCACAGUCUGCCAUUCCCAAAGCCUUAAUGGCUUCUUCAACACGCAAAGCUAUAAAACUGAACCAGCAGAUGUUUAAUAAUAUUUUAAUACUAAAAUAUCUACAUCAACAGACCUUUGUGAGUCUUACUAAAUUGGUUUCUCUAAUUAGUGUCAAUCAGACAUUAUCUGAUGACUGUGCCCUAAUUAAUCAAUAGGACAUAUCUGAAUCAAAGAUGGAAGUGAGUGUCUGACUUAAAUAAUCUGUCAAUAUAAUUAUCCAGAUUCACUGACCAAGCGUUUUUUGCUACUGGUUAAUUAAUAGCAUGUGUAAGACAUAAGUUACUCCACACCUACGCUCUUUAUUUCAUCUGCAAAUAAUAAUGAAAAAGCCCAUUCGAAUGUUAAGAUAUCCGGGAACUAUUAGUGAACAUAAUGGUUUUGACAUUGCUGACCUUGUGCUGUUUCAGUACAAAAAUAAUGUAUUAAGGACCCGUGUCAUUUGCAAAUUUGGACUCCAUCCCAUCCAGGACACAAAUACCCAAGGACCUUGAUGUAAUGCUGUUGUGGCUGAGUGAUGUACACAGACAGAAUGAGGAGAGGCUCAGUCAUGAUUUUUCUUUAUUACGCAAAGCGGUGGUUCUGGCAGGGAACUCACUUUAACCUUAGAUCAAAUCACAUAAAUAAAAAGCCUAUUUUGGCCGCUUCCAAUACCAGAUCAAAUCGUCAGUCGAGUAGCUAGUAUAUUAUUUGUACUUCGAUAAACAAUACGUCCAGUGAUCGGCAAGGAAAGGAUUUAUAUCUGACCUCAAUCCAUUACAUCCCUGCUGUGCUCCAGUGUCCUCCUCCCUCCCACCCUCUGCCUGCUUUUUGGCUUUGUUUAACGGGGAGGGCAGCUAUCCUGCCCCCAUGCCUAGGGCUUCCCUACAGUCAGCAUCUCCACUGCAAGGUCAUUUAUGAGCAGGGUUACCUCGAAAGGCAAAGCCAAAGGCCAAAGAAUGUAGUAUAAAAUACGUUUAAUGUAGUAGUGUUGUCUCGUCUAUCUUUUAUCGCAUGAGUUUCCAAACUGAACUGAACCAUUGUUAGGUCCUAUUGUUUUUUGAGACUAGAUUUUCAUCCAUCACCCGCUGUAAAAUGCAAAUUAAAUACAUGUAGAUGAAUCAUCUGGUGUUAUACAAUGUAACCAUCUAUUUCCAUUCUAAAAAAGAGAGAAAAACAAACUUAUUUAAUUAAGACCGCCUUGCUCAAUAAAUUGUUGAAAGAAAGUACAUUUAAAUAUUUUAUUUAUUUACAUUUUGAAAGUCAAUAAAUCCUGAAUAAUGGUUGCAUUUAAAAUCUUAUUUCUUCUCCCCCAGAAAUGUUCUGUUACAGUGGAAGUCUUUGUAGAAGACAAAUGGUUUAGUCACAACACAUAUUUUAUUAUUAGAAAAUACUGUAAGACUGAAAAAAAACACUGCAAUUACAAACCAGGACAAAUGAAACAGCAGCUUCACACAAUAAAUGGCCAAAAAUAUCUAUCCGCCGGGAUCAUUCCAGAGACACCCAGACACUGUCUUGAGGGGCAAUGCAGUCAUUGGCUUGUGGGACUGUUACUGAAUAGUUGCACAUGUUUACAAUAUUUUAAUCUAGUUUAAAGGUGAGUUCCCUGCCUGAACCACCGCUUUGCUUAUGAUUUUAUAUAUGAGACAAUAAAACAGAUGCACACUGUUUCAAAUGGGCUUGAUCUGGGAAGAUCUUGUGAAAUGUUAUGGAAUGAAAUAAGUUGUAAAUGUCUGAUACACACAGAUUUUUGGACUCCUUUGUUUUAGGUUUUUCUUUCAAUUUUAAAGUAAUGUUUUUCAAUAUUAAAUGGAUUGAACCUAAUGAACCUUUUCAACAAAUGAAACACACUUUUGUAUAUGUUUGUGAUAUUAAUCUGCUGCCCAGGUGGUUGAUUGAUUUCAAUUGGUCGAUUUUGCCAGUUUAUUUUUUUUUAAUUUCUUAUACUGUAGCGAUUGGUUGAAUUAUCUCUUAAUAUAAAAGCUGUAAAUAUAAUUUAAACUUGUGUGUCUCAGUGAUGCUGUUACUUUUGACAAAUGUAAUCAUUUUGUACCUGGUGUAGCACAAUGUUAGACUAAAUCUAAUUUUAUAUAAAAUGAAAUUAUAAUAACAAUAUAUAAUAAUUGUUAGGGCUCUGGGCACCUGACCGGAGGGUCGUGGGUUCAAUCCCUAGUGGGGGACACUGCUGCUGUACCCUUGAGCAAGGUACUUUACCUAGAUUGCUCCAGUAAAAACCCAACUAUAUAAAUGGGUGAUUGUAUGUAAAAAAUAAUGUAACUGUAUGUAAAAAUAAUGUGAUAUCUUGUAACAACUGUAAGUCGCCCUGGAUAAGGGUGUCUGCUAAGAAAUAAUAAUAAUAAUAUAAUUUAAUAUAAUACAUUACUGAUUAGAUCAUAUAGGGUGUACCAGUCAUUUACUUCUGUUCCCUAAGUUAUAGCAAACAGUUAUUAUUACCCAUUAAGUGUCUCAGUUUCUGAGCCUUAAUUCAUGUAGUCUGUUACUUGUAACUGAAAUGUCUCUACUCCUUUCCUGUCAGUAACCAAUAAGUAGUGUGGUUCCCUCACUUGCACACUGAGCCAUUCGGCCCAUCAGUGCUCGUCCUGGUAGCUGUUUGAUCCCACGUGUGAGACCUCCAGAGUGAAUGGCAGUGCACGACAGACAGGUACGCUUCAUGAGUCUAUUAUAUUAUGAGCAACAGUAUAGUCCUUCCAACUCACAAGAUCCAUUCAAUUCCUCCUGGUACAGCCAGAAGAUUCAGUAAUAGGGGGAUAGAGAAAACAACUCAUGGACCCUAUUGAUAAAGUUCAAGAGUAAUCAAUAUUGCGAAUCAUAAUAACGAAAAUCAUAACUGAAUUACUUGUUCAAGUCAUCCUACAAGAUGGUCGUGUGAAAAGAUGACCUAGCAACAAGGCACCCACUUAUAAAGUUGUCUGUGGACUUCUCAUGUACUCUAGAUACACACCAGACAACUUCAAGUUUUGGGGGUUUUUUUCUAUCGAACCAGAAAUGCAUUUGCUAUUUAUAUUUUCAGUUUAGCUAUUUUAUUUCUUGUAAUUCAUCAUCCAAGAUCCAAUCAGAUGAUAGCAUGGGUAUAUUAGACACUGAACAGCUUUAUAGAAAGAGCACUGUCUGUUCCUUUCAAUUUUAAAUGCUCCUUCUAAUAUGACUAACCCUUCCUUAAGAACAUUUAAAUGUCCCUUCGGAGCUGGUAACUGACAGACUCCUCUAUAUUUGUAAAAUUGUUGGCAACGGCUAUGUUAAGAGCAUUAGUGUUGACAUCGGACACCACCAUGUCACUCUAGCAGUAGAAAACUAUGCAGCUUUCAAAGCCUUGCAACUUCAACUACAAACAAAACAUACAGUAAGACCCUUUUGCUAAUGUCUGCUUAGAUAACAGCAAAUCAUUUAUUAAAUGCUGUACCUUUCGAUGUGAUUAAAUCUUGCAUAUACUGUUGUACAAUGUGGAACAACACUGGAUAUUACUGUUUAAUACUCACCUGCUGUGUUACUGUGUGUCAGUAUAAUACACACAUUAUAUCAUUUAAAAUCUUAAUGAUCUUCUGAUAUGCAACUGUUAAAAUGUAUGUAUAUUUAAAGAUGUGACUGUAAUUAGGUGAAAACAAACUUGAAGUCUUUUGUUGUCUGUACAUGUUUGUUUAAACGCUCUAAGAAUGCUGGGCCCUAGUUAUUACAUUGAGGACAGGAGUCUAUUGAAGAAAUGGCAUCAGUUUAAUUGAAAUUUAUAUAUAAUAGUUUUAUUGUGAAUUUUACUUUGAAUCUAUUUGGAUUUAUCUGGCUGAACACAAGAACAUAGUAACUACAAAAAUGUUUUUAAAAAUGAGAUACAAUUUGCUACGUGUAUGUCACGUGAUUAAUGCAUCUUUAAAUGUUCAUAUUUCAAAACUAUAAUUUGGUUAUUACUGCUUUUGUUAUUAAUCUCUUAAAAAAUAUCCACCAUAGUCUGUUCUAAACUGAGUGACUUGUCAGUUGUCUUAAGAAUUUAGCAUAGUUCCUAUAUACUGUAGGUGUUAAAAUUGUAUGUGUUGGUAUUAUGUUUAUAAAUAUAUAACAUUCCAAUAGUGAAGAAUUUUUAAGACAAUACAGUUACAUUUAAAACAUACCAUUUUUACAAUGCAUUGUGUUAUCUUUUGUCUUCAUGUUUGUUUUUGUAAUUAUUAUGUUAUAAGGACUUCAAUUUUUUGGAAGAGAAUACUGUAAAUGUAAUGAGAAUAUUUAAAUCUAUGAUAUAAUAUCUUUUGAUAUGCUGUGACUAGACCAGUGGGUUCCCUGUUAUACUUACAGUACUGUAUGUGUAUGUUUUUAAUAAAACCAAUAUUAAAGAACC